AUGGGUAAAGUGCACGGUUCCCUGGCUCGUGCCGGUAAAGUCAAGUCUCAGACCCCCAAGGUCGAGAAGCAAGAGAAGGCCAAGACCCCCAAGGGCCGCGCGAAGAAGAGACUCACUUACACUCGCCGUUUCGUCAACGUCACCCUGACCGGUGGCAAGAGAAAGAUGAACCCCAACCCUGGCACAUAA